UAAAAAGUUAGGUCUUGCCGCGUUAGCUAAGCUACAUCAUCAGAUGGCAAACGCAGACCUCAAGGGAUCGGCAACCCGCAUUACAAAAGAUGACAUAGAGAUUUUGAAUCCUACGACAGGCAUCGGCAGACUGAAGCGAUGCGACGGAAAGAAGAUUACCGUGCGGGUCGAAUGGAACACUUUCAGCACCGGACCCGACGCCAAACAGUAUUCUGACCGCAUUCACUCUUUGGGAUACAUCUUAGAGGAAGUGAGCGAGUUGGCUCUGCGACUACCCCCCUGUUACGGAGUCUUCGACGAUACAUGCGAUGCGGACGACCGAACUAAGCGGAUCGGAUACGUAUUUGGGAUCCCUCCCAAUGGAUCUGCAAGUAGCAACAGCAACGUAUAUAUUAAUUACGAAAGAGACAUCUACACAUACCCCCCGAUCCGGCUCAGCGAGUUGAUAAGAAAUAAAGACGCCCCAGUACCGUUGCUCGGGGAUCGCUUUCAGCUUGCAUACACACUCGCAUGCGCAUUCAGCUGUUUCCAUGCUGCGAAGUGGUUACAUAAGGGAUUUCACACCGGUAGCAUAUUCUUCUUCCAAAAGAGCGAUGGGCGAAUCGACAUUACCGAGCCAUUUAUCAGCGGCUUCCAGUAUUCUCGUCCACAGGGGGAAGCCUCACUGGCAUACACCCCCCUCGCAGAACCGCAGAUAGAACAUUAUUACCAUCCCGACGCCCAUCGUGGCUUUACCAAGAGCAGAGACCUUUAUAGUCUGGGAGUCGUUCUAUGCGAGAUUGGGCGUUGGGGCUUAUUAGCCGACCUAAGAGAAAAACCCAAAGGCCGAGACAAUUGGCGAGAUUUUAUGCUAGAAAAGGUCCUCGUUGAUCUCGGGUGGAGGAUGGGAGACAAGUAUCAAAGUGCCGUAAGAACUUUACUUGACUGCGAGCUUCCAAACGACGAUAUAAGUCAUGAUUACUUUGCGGAGCAAUUCCUCGACAAAGUCAUGAGGCUGUUAAGCAGUUGCAGUGCCUGAGGGGUUGAACUCCCUGGAAUAUAGCGCUUAUCCACUAAGACUUAGUACCUCAGUAAGGGGCCAAAUUUAUCCGAGCCACCUGAAAAACCACACCAAAAAUACCUAGGUACCUAGUCUCUUUAGCAUACGAUAUUUCAAUCAAUAAGAUGCGCAAUACUAUAU